ACCUGCGCACAGGUGAAAACGAAAGGAUCAGAAUAUCAACUUGAACAUGUAGUCCAUUCUGGUGGAAAGACAAAGCUACUACGAAAACUACUGAUGGAUGUCCCUCAAGAGGGAGAGGAUGCUGUUGGUGGAAAUCAGACAGGCAGAGCAGCAUGUGCUGUGUCCAGCCACGUGUCCAUGAAGAAUGAGGAGUCCGUCACUGAUGGGCAUCAGGGGGUCAGCACAGGAAUAGUGCUGUCUUAUCCAAGACCACAGACACACAGACCAGUGUCUCCAGUGCCCAGCGGUGUGUCCAUGAAGACUGACCAGUCCAUGGAUCCCCCUCUCAGACUCAGCAGUGGACCAAAGUCUGAUCCAAAACCACAGACACACAGACCAGUGUCUCCAGUGCCCAGCUGUGUGUCCAUGAAGAGUGACCGGUCCAUGAAUACCCCUCUCAGACUCAGCAGUGGACCACAGUCUGAUCCAAAGAACAUACUGACCCAGGAUCAGUCCAGGUGUGGAGUGUGUGAGCAGCUACUGAGGGACCCAGUCACCACCAGCUGUGGACACAGUUUCUGCAGUUUCUGCAUCAGCAGCUACUGGAGCCAGUCUGGUGCAUCAGGAGACAACAGCUGCCCCCAGUGCAGAAAAAGACCCAGAACACAACCCGUUAUAAACCCUGACAUAACUGUGGCACAACCUCACCUAUACCCACUAACAGCCAUGGUGGCACAACCUGCAUCUUACCAACACAAUGAAAUGGCACUUCAUCUGAACCCAUCUGCAAAUAUGGCACAAGUUCCUCCAUCCCCACACUCAGACAGGGGACAGCGUCCUCAGUACUCAAACUCAGCCAUGGGGCAGCAUAAUCAUCCACACAUCCAGCACCCUCUUUAUCCACACAUCCAUACGGCACAGAUCUCUCCACAGCCUCCCUUAGAUGAGCACACAGUCAUGAGAGGCAGCACCCAUCUGCAAACUGAGCAUGCUCCAGUUAGAAGGGCCAAACUAACAGAUGACCAUGUUCUGACCAGAGUACUGAUGACCCAUAAAGCCAUCAUGAAGAGGAGGUUUGAGAGCAUAUGUGAAGGCAUCAUAAGGUCAGGGACUCAAACACUCCUGAACAAGAUCUACACAGAGCUCUACAUCACAGAAGGAGAGAGUGAAGGGGUGAAUAAUGAGCAUGAGGUUUGGCAGGUAGAGUCAGCAUCCAGGCCACAAACUUCAGAGGAAACAGCAAUCAACUGCAAUGACAUCUUCAAGCCCUUACCUGGACAGAAGAGACACAUCAGAACUGUCAUGACCAAGGGGAUCGCUGGUAUUGGAAAAACAGUGUCAGUGCAGAAGUUCAUCCUUGACAGGGCAGAGGAGAAGGCUAACCAGGAUGUAGAUUUCAUGUUUGUGCUUCCGUUCCGUGAGCUGAAUUUGGUCAAACAUGAUCAGUACAGUCUUCACAGGCUCCUGCUUGACUUCCACCCUGAGCUUAAAGAGCUACAGAAUGGUGAAUACAAAGACUGCCACAUUGUGUUCAUCUUUGAUGGUCUGGAUGAGAGUAGACUUCCUCUGAAAUUCCAAGAGAACCAGAAGUUGUCUGACGUGACACAAACAUCAUCAGUGGAUGUGCUGAUGACGAGUCUCAUUCAGGGAACUCUGCUUCCCUCUGCUCUCAUCUGGAUAACCUCCCGACCAGCAGCAACCAGUCAGAUCCCUUCUCAGUGCAUCAGUCAGGUGACAGAAGUACGAGGGUUCAAUGACCCGCAGAAGGAAGAGUACUUCAGGAAGAGGAUCAGUGACCAGAAUCAAGCCAACAGAAUUAUUUCACACAUUAAGACAACCAGGAGUCUCCACAUCAUGUGCCACAUGCCAGUCUUCUGUUGGAUCUCAGCCACUGUCCUUCAGCAGAUACUGGAACAGGAUGAUGAAAAGGAAGCCCCCAAAACACUGACUGAGAUGUUCAUACACUUUCUGCUCAUCCAGACCACCAGGAAGAACCAGAAGUAUCAAGAGGAAAGUGAGACAGAUAGACAGAGGCUCCUGGAGUCACACCAGGGUGUCAUAUUGAAAUUGGCAGAGCUGGCUUUCAAGCAUCUGGAAAAUGGCAAUCUCAUGUUCUAUGAGGAAGACCUGAGAGAGUGUGGCAUUGAUGCCAGUGAAGCUUCAGUGUACUCUGGCAUGUGCACUGAGAUCUUCAGGGAGGAAUGUGUGUUUCACCACAAGAAGGUCUACUGCUUUGUCCAUCUGAGCAUCCAAGAGUUUCUUGCUGCACUUCAUUUGUUUGCCUCCUACUUGAGUAAGAACAUGGAGGUCCUGAAACCAUUUCUUAAAAGAAAGUCCAUGUCUUUGGCAGAUUGGCCUCUAGAUGAGCUGCUGAAGAAUGCUGUGAUCAAAGCUUUGGAAAGCAAGAAUGGACACCUUGAUUUGUUUGUUCGCUUCCUUCAUGGCAUUUCUCUGGUGUCAAAUCAGAGACUUUUGCUUGGUCUCCUGACAGACACACACAGCAACCCAGAGAGUGUGAAGAAAACAAUUAAGAACCUGAAGAUGAUGCAGAGACCAAAUAUCUCCCCCGAGAGGUGCAUCAAUCUGUUCCACUGCCUGGUGGAAAUGCAUGACUCUUCUGUUCAUGAUGAAAUCCAGGCUUUCCUGAGGGCAGAGAAAGGUGCCGUGGAACAGCUCACACUGGCUCACUGCUCAGCUUUGGCUCAUGUGCUUCUGAUGUCUGAUGAGGUGCUGGAUGAGUUUGACCUGAGCAAAUACAAAACCUCUCCAGCAGGUCGCAGGAGACUGGUUCCAGUCGUGAGAUGCUGCAAAAAGGCUCUACUUGCUGGCUGCAAUCUAACAGAAAGGUCUUAUGAGAUUGUGGCCUCAGCUCUGCAGUCUGGAAACUCCCCCUUGAGGGAGCUGGACUUGAGUCAGAAUGACCUGGAAAAGUCAGGAGAAAAGCUGGUGUCUGCUCUUCAAAGUCCAAACUGCAAACUGGAGACACUGAGACUUGCUGGCUGCAAUCUAACAGAGAAGUCCUGGGAGAUUGUGGCCUCAGCUCUGCAGUCUGCAAACUCCCCCUUAAGAGAGCUGGACCUGAGUCAGAAUGACCUGCAGACGUCAGGAGAAAAGCUGUCUGCUCUACAGAGUCCAAACUGCAAAUUGGAAACACUGAGACUUGUUGGCUGUAAACUGAGAGGAAGAUUUUUGGCCUCGAUUCUUCAGUGUGGAAACUCCCACCUACGAGAGCUGGACAUCAGUGACAGUGAGCUUCAGGACUGUGGAGGAGAACUGCUCCAUCAACCACUGAAUCAGGACUGUAAAGUGAGACUUGUCAGCUGUAAACUCAAACAGAGCUCCUCUAAGGUUGUGGUCUCAGUUCUGCAGUCAUAUAUUUCUCAACUGAGUGAGUUGGACAUGAGUGGCUGUGAUCUGCAAACAUCAGACGAGAAGCUACUCUAUGGUCUUAAAAACUCGAACUGCCACCUGGAGAAACUGCGAUUUGUUGGCUGUAAGCUCACAGAUAAAUCGUGUGAGAUUGUGGCUUUGGUUCUGCAGUCAUCAAACUCCCUGAUGGAGCUGGACCUGAGUCACAAUAACCUGGGAGAUUCUGGAGUUCAGCUCCUCUCUAAGGGACUGUCUAGUCCCCACUGUAAACUGCAGACAUUAAGGCUCAGUAAGUGUGGAAUCUUAGAUGAAGGAUAUGUUUUACUGGCUCUCACUCUGAUGUCAAACCCUUCCUGUAUGAAAGACCUGGAUGUGAGCAACAAUCAUCCUGGAGAAUCAGCACAGAAGCUGUUAUCUGCUACACUGGAAGAUCCUCACCACAAAGUUGAAGCAAUUCAGCUGAAUCAGUGUCACCUCUCUAAAGCAAGCUGUGAAAUGAUGGCAUCCGUGCUGCAAAGUGCCCCUUCCCAUCUGAGAGAACUGGACAUGAGUGACAAUGACCUGCAGGAUGAAGGAGUGAAGCUGCUCUGUGUGGGACUAAGAGAAUCGCAAUGCAAGCUGGACACACUGAGACUGUCUGGUUGUCUCAUCACACAUGAGGGCUGUUCUCUGUUGUCCUCUGCCCUCAAAUCAAACCCCUCCUACCUGAAACAGCUGGAUCUGAGCUACAAUCACCCAGGAGACUCAGGUGUCAGAGAGCUCACAGACAGACUGAAUGAUCCCAGCUGUAAACUAGAGACGUUGAGGUAUGACCAUGGAGGAGAGUGCAGGAUUAAACCAGGACUGAGAAAAUAUGCCUGUGAGCUCACACUGGACCCAAACACAGCAGGCAGACAUCUCUCUCUCUCUGAGGGGAACAGAAAGGUGACGCAUGGGCAGCAGCAGUCGUAUCCUGCCCACCCAGAGAGAUUUGACUCCUACCUUCAGGUGCUGUGUAGAGAGGGUCUGUCUGGACACCACCCAGAGACAUGUGACAGUCUGGGUCAGAGUCUAGUCAGCACGGGUCAGUCUGGACGCUACUACUGGGAGGCUGAGUGGAGUGGUAAUGGUACCUUUUAUAUAGCAGUGGCCUAUAAAAGCAUGGAGAGGAAACGGGGUGGGGACAGCAACGUGUUUGGAUGUAAUACCAAGUCCUGGAUGCUGCACUGCUCUGGUAGCAGUUACUCUGCCCAUCACAAUAAUAAGAAUACUGCCAUACCUGCCCCCUCCUCCCGCUCCAGCAGAGUAGCAGUGUACCUGGACUGGCCAGCAGGCACUCUGUCCUUCUACAGCGUCUCCUCUAACACACUCACCCACCUGCACACGUUCCACUCCACAUUCACCGAGUCCCUCUAUCCUGGGUUUUAUGUUUAUAACUCCUCAGUGUCCCUGUGCCAGAUCACAUGACCUCCUAAUCCUGCAGCAGAGGAGCGCCAUGUUCUGAUAUGCUUGAGAGUGAGAGGGAUUAAAUAAAAAGUGUGUGUGUGUGUGUGUGUGUGUGUGUGAGUGUGUGUCAUCAUGUUCAGUUGUAUGGCACAUGUGCAUUCUCAGGAGCAAGUACUUCACCAACUGGACCUAAACCUGUGGGCAUCCAGGUGGGUGGAGGGGUUGAAUAGUGAUCUCCCUUGACCACCUACAGUAACCCCCAAAUAUAUCUGGGUCCUGACCUGGAUCCAGGAUGCCCGCUCUGAGUGUGUGUAUGUGCUGCCCAAUCCUCCAUGUGUGCAUGUGCUGCCCACUGCUCUAUGUGUGUGUGUGUGUGUGUGUGUGUGUGUGUGUGUGUGUGUGUGUGUGUGUGUGUGUGUGUGUGUGUGUGUGUGUGUGUGUGCUGCCCACUGCUCUGUGUGUGUAUGCUCCUGCAUGGUGAGGUCACUGUUCUGUGUGUGUGUGUGUGUGUGUGUGUACACUACCCCCAGAUUGCUAAAGUACAGGACAUUUUAGGAAAGGAAAGGUCUAGAGACCAACUAAAUCCAGUCAUUCCAAUAACAGAACGACCAAGACUGACCAGACUGACCUGAGUAGACUGACCUACAGGCAGAUUCAUCCAAAGGUGGACUUGGAUCGGAGGGGAAACUGCCUUUGUGUCCAGAGCUCUUUCUGGAGCUGGACACAACCAAAGCCUCAACAGCGAAGGAGAUCCUGGCCCAGACAACUCUGACGGUGUCCACUCCUGCUUCCUCGGUCCCGCUUGGCAGAUUCAUCCAGAGGUGGACCACCUGAGGCUACAGUCACCUGACCACCUGAGGCUACAAGGCGCGUUCAACUUGACCUCUUGCAGCAGCGAGAGCUGCCGGCGGCAGCAGGGGCGGGGAUGCAAACGCUGCUAUGAAGUUGUACACUCUCUACUUCCUGUGGUCUAGACUUGACCAUGUGAUGAAUCACGAGGCACGGACCCGCACGGACCCUUGUGGAUAUGAGGAGGCAUCUAAACACCUGCACAUACGUCAGGGAUGUAAAAGCCAAUUAGGGCAAAGACCUGACGUCAUGAAGGCAGGGUCUAGGCUCCGCUGCGCUCCGCAGUACCUCUAAAGUUGCUGCUCUGCUGCGGAGCAGCCGCCUUGCUCCCGCGAUAAGUUGAGGCCAUGUGAUACCGACUGCUGAGUCGAAAACACACCCAUCUAGACCAUCGUGGACAGAUGUUUAACCACGUGCAUCUUGUGCUGCGCAGUUUUUGUGCUGCGCAGCCAUCUUGAACUCGCCUAUUGAGAAUAGCCUAAUGGCUGAAACUCACCACCUGACCACCAGGAGUGCGAGCAUUGAGAAUAGCCUAAUGGCUGCAACUCACCCUCAGUAAAAUCUUUUUCAGCUAAGUCUAUUUUUUCAGAUUGCGAACCUUUCCUGCCUUUUUCUUUUAUCCUUUGGUUUGACACACUUGUUUAAAAAAGACUUUCAACAGUACUCUUCCUUCUAAGGCACCAGGACCCAACUCCUUCCAGAUGUGUAAUUCCAGAUCCACCAAUAAGGAAAAUACAUCAAUAAUGUCCACAGCACAGGGGGCAAUAAAGACGUCAGGAACAGCACAUUCAUAUGGACAGAUGUUCAACUCCCAGUACACACACAGCAGAUGGAUCACACUGCACAUUAGUACAGUACACCAACAGGUUCAGCUCACCCAACCACAUGUCCUGUCCAGUCCUGCGUCCUUCCAGCAGGAACGGCUCCCACUGCAGGACCACCUGCUCACCUGUCUGGGGAAACUGGGCAAAUGAUCUGUGUCUGGGUCACACCCGUGUCUAGGGUCAGGAGCAACAACAGAGGAGAGAGCCUGCAAUCUGGGCAAAGACACAUUGGAACAAAGUCUGUGAAUGUGUUUGGAGAGUUUAUUUAAAAAGAAAACAUGUCUACACACUUGUCUGCUAAAUCUUUGUGUCUGCGUGAGUCAGUGGUCAGUGUGUCUGUCUGUAUCAACAUACAAUUCUUAACAUUUGCACGAUUUUGUGUGUGUGUGUGCGUGUGUGUGUGUGUGUGUGUGUGUGUGUGUGUGGACAUGCGUGCAUGCGUGCGUAAUCAAAAUCAAUCAAAGCGCUGGACAACCUGGGAGGGAGUGAUCAACAGGACGAUAAGCUGGGCUGACAUGUGGAAGGUCCCCCAAGCAAGGUUGAGCUUCCUCAUGAGGUCCACCUAUGAUACUCCCCCAAGCCCCAGCAACCUGUGCGUAUGGUACAGCUCAGAGGAAAAGUGCCCACUCUGUAAUGGCCCAAAGCCAAGCCUGCAGCAUAUCCUAUCCAGCUGCAGAACAGCUGUGGCACAGGGCCGGUACAGGUGGCGUCAUGAGCGCGUCCUGCGGAAGCUGCCGGAGAUCCUGGAGACACGUAGGCUGGAAGAGCAUCCAACAGCAACAACAAAGCGGCUGAUCCACUUCACUGGAGAGGGAGGAGUGGCACAGAAAGUCCCACGGGAGAAGAGCUCAGCCCGUUAGAACAUCUGGAUGGGACUGGACCCUCAGAGUGGACCAGGAGCGGCUGCUCAAGUCUCCAACUGAGAUCAGCACAACCAACCUGCCACCCGACAUCAUCCUGUGCUCCACCACAGCUCGGGCUGUGACUAUGGCGG